CCAUUUCCGUUUAGUUUCCAAGAUGGCGGCCCACAUACAUCCAUGAUGUAAACAUGCGAUUUCAUCUUGAAGCUAAUUAUGUUCAUGUUUAACAUUUCUGGAGCAUGUAUUAGUUUCGCCGAUUCGUUUGAUAUCGAAUAGUUUGAUAUUGACAUCCAAUACGGGAUUGUUAACAAUUUAGACAUCAGUUUGUGAGUUGUUACCGAACAUUAGCGAGCUAACAGCUAACGUUAGCUAGGCAGCGGAGAGCCAUGCCAACGCAGACCAUAUUCGUUAGUUCUCUACCAGCUUCAGCUACAAAUGAACGCCUAGAGGAAAUAUUCUCUGAAAUUGGUCCUGUAAAGCAAUGCUUCGUGGUCAGAGAGAAAGGCACAGAAAAAUGUCGGGGAUUUGGCUAUGUCACAUAUUCCAUGCAGGAAGAUGCACAACGAGCCAUGAAAGAAAUAAAAGACUACGACGGAAAGAAACUUUCUAUAUCAGUGGCGAAGAAGAAGAUAAACGACAAAAGGAAAACAGCACCUGAAAAGCCAGCUGCAGCACCAAAGGGAAAUGAGCAGAAAUCCAAAGGCUUCAGGAAAACCCACCUGAAAGCUAGACUCAUCAUAAGGAACCUUAGUUUUAAGUGCUCAGAAGAUGAUCUGAAGCAAGUUUUAUCCGAGUUUGGAACAGUUCUUGAGGCCAACAUUCCCCUCAAACCUGAUGGGAAGAUGCGAGGUUUUGCGUUUGUCCUUUUUAAAAAUGUUUCUGAGGCAGCAAUAGCGCUUAAAGCUAUGAACCUAAAGGAGAUAAAAGGUCGGCAGGUAGCAAUUGACUGGGCUGUGCCUAAGGACAAGUUUAUUGCCACACAGCUGUCCUCAAGUCCAGGAAAUAAGAAUACCGAGGCAACUGCAAAACAGUCAGACAUAAAAAGUGACGAUGAAGAGGAGGAUGAAGAAAAGCCACAAACAGCACCAAAGAAGAAAAAAGUCCCUUCCAAACCAGCUGCGCAACAGGUGGAAGAAUCCCAAUCAGAUGAUAGUGGGGAACAAGACAGUGAGGAGGAGGAGGAGGAUGAUGAUGAUGAUGAUGAUGAUGAUGAUGAUGAGAGGGAGGAUGAUGAUGUGUCCCAGGAGGGAGACGACGACGACGAUAAGAGUAGCCUUGAGUCAAAUGAUGAUCCAGAUGAGAGUCAGGAUGAAGAGGAAGACGAGGAGGAUGAGGACGGCAAAGAAGAUGAUUCAGCUAAAAAGAAAGCCUCAAAGAAACUUCUCCCUUCAGAUGUGAAAGAGGGCAGAACGAUUUUCAUCAGGAACCUGUCCUUUGACACGGAGGAAGAUGGUCUGGAGGAAGUUCUCCUGAAGUACGGAGAACUUAACUACAUAAAGGUUGUUCUCCACACAGACACAGGACAUUCGAAAGGUUGUGCAUUUGCUCAGUUUAAGACUAAAGUGGCUGCAGACAAAUGCAUAGCUGCGGCACAGGAUGAGGCAGAGAAUGGUGGCAUCCGUGUAGAUGGCAGAAAGCUGUUGAUUGUGUCAGCGGUGAGCAGAGAGGAUGCUUCCAAGCUGAAAGUGAACAAAGUGAAAGUAGAAACCGGCACCAGGAACCUGUACCUGGCCAGAGAGGGAUUGAUCCGUGCUGGAACCAAGGCUGCAGAGGGCGUGCCUGAAGCAGACAUGAUCAAGAGAACCAGAUUUGAAGAAAUAAAGAGGACCAAGCUUCGGGACAUUAGUGUGUUUGUGUCAAAGACUCGUCUGUGUGUCCAUAACCUGCCCAAGUCAGCGGACAGUAAAAAACUCAAAGCACUUUGCCUCCAAGCAGUAAAAGGAAGCAAGGGAGUCCGCAUCACAGAGUGUCGGGUGAUGUAUGACAAGAAGCCAGAGAAGAAUCAGGUGAUGGGGCAAUCGUUGGGUUAUGGCUUUGUCCAGUUCCAGGACCAUGAACAUGCUCUCAGCACACUUCGUUACCUUAACAACAACCCUGACAUCUUUGGCCCACUCAAGAGACCUAUCGUUGAGUUCUCCCUGGAGGAUUCAAGGAAACUGAAAAUAAAAGAAUUGCGACACCAAAAAAACAUGGAAUUCUUCAAAAAUCGGCCUUUUAAAGGAGGAUCGAAACCUCAGCCCCAGACAGCUGGAGAUGGAAAAGGACCCAGGAACGGGGGAAAUGAAGCACAGUCCUCAUCAGAGCAGACAGGAACAGAGAGAGCUCCUUCUCAAAGCCAGAAACAAGGCAGCCGCUAUUUGGGCUUCCAGACCAAACCUGAAGUUGAGCAUGUGGAUUUGGAGAACGGAAAGAAACGAAAGAAGGUUCUUACAUUUCCUACCCAUCGGGGACCUAAGAUCAGAAUGCGUGACAAGGGAAAGCAACAGGCCCCGCCACCCAAGAAAGCAAGGCCUGGAUCCAACAGGAAGGAUCGUCAAAGACAACAGAUGGAAAAGCCCACACGUCCCAGAAACCAGGUUAACGCAGCAAAGAAGCAGUUCAAGAGAAGGGACGGGGACCGUUUUGACAGCCUGGUGGAGCAGUACAAGAAGAAACUGAUGGGUAACCGUGACAAGAGCACCAAUGUCAAAAGAAACAAGUGGUUUGAUAGCUAAUGCUGUGUGUGUAUGUCGGUGUCUGUAUGUGUGAGUGAGAAAAUGUUUUGAAAUCUUUUGUUUAUGGCUACCACAACAGAGGUCCUCUUUAAUCGACAUUCUGAGGUUGUACAAUGGUUCUCAUAAAUGUGUCAAGUUGUACAGUAUACGCCCAUGUGUGAAACUUUACUGUCACUUAACUUCAUUCAUCCUGUUCCUGCAUUUCUUUUAUCCAUGCUCAUGUUUGUUUUUUACGACUAAAACAAACUGAAUAAUGUAAAAAAUAGUUUUCAUGUACUUUGGCUUUUUAUGAAAAUAUAUUAAAAACCCUUGAAUUUGUAUUUGAUAAUCUUUAUAUUUUAGUCUGAAAUCCAUAUUUGUUAGAUUCACAGAUGUCAGUUUGUUAUGACAGUUUCCAUUACAUUCACUGUUUUUAAUACUAGUUUUAAACCAAGUUAAUCAUAAGCUGAUAGCUCCGGAUAAACACUUCCCACUCAUGAACCUUGAAUACAAGUAAACACCCACAAAUGACAUUGUAUAUUGA